AUGGGAGAAACCAACUGGUCCUCCCCCAUGGUGGGGUUCAUUCUCCUGGGACUCUCAGCCCACCCAAGGCUGGAGAAAACAUUCUUUGUGCUCAUCCUGUCUAUGUAUCUGGUGAUCCUACUGGGCAAUGGGGUCCUCAUCCUGGUGACCAUCCUUGACUCCCGCCUACACACGCCCAUGUACUUCUUCCUGGGGAACCUCUCCUUCCUGGACAUCUGCUACACAACCUCUUCCAUCCCUCUAGUCCUGGAUGGCUUCCUCACUCCCAGGAAAACCAUUUCCUUCUCGGGCUGUGCCAUGCAGAUGUUCCUCUCCUUUGCCAUGGCAGGGACAGAGUGUGUGCUCCUGAGCGUGAUGGCAUUUGAUCGCUAUGUGGCCAUCUGUAACCCCCUGAGAUACCCUGUGGUCAUGAGCAGGUCUGUCUAUGUAUCCAUGGCUGUCAGCUCCUGGACAAUUGGUGGGGCUGCUUCUGUGGUACACACAUCCCUGACGAUUCAGCUGCCUUUCUGCGGGAACAACGUCAUCAACCACCUUGCCUGUGAGAUCCUGGCUGUCCUGAAGUUGGCCUGUGCUGACAUCUCCAUCAAUGUGAUCAGCAUGGGAGUGACAAAUGUGAUCUUCCUGGGGGUCCCAGUUCUGUUCAUCUCCGUCUCUUAUGUCUUCAUCAUUGCUACCAUCCUGAGGAUCCCUUCAGCUGAGGGGAGGAAAAAGGCCUUUUCUACCUGCUCUGCCCACCUCACUGUGGUGGUCAUCUUCUAUGGGACCUUAUUUUUCAUGUACAGGAAGCCCAAGUCUAAGGAUCCCCUGGGGGCAGACAAAGAGGACCUUUCAGAUAAGCUCAUCCCUCUCUUCUAUGGGGUGGUGACCCCCAUGCUCAACCCCAUCAUCUACAGCCUCAGGAACAAGGACGUGAAGGCUGCUGUGAGGAACCUGGUGGCUCGGAAAUACUUCACCCAGUGA